AUGGACGGCAAGUCGUUCUCAUCACGGAUCGGCGACCUGGUCAAAUUCCUCUCCUCCGUCCAAGGCGACCUCUCCAAUGUCACCGGCCCCCCGUCCUUCCUGGCGCCCUCGUCCAUCGUCGAGUCCGGCCCCUCCUGGUGCCAGCGGCCCGGCGUCUUCGUCGCCCCGGCCCUCGAGCCGGACCCGGAGAAGCGCAGCCUCAAGGUCCUCCGCAUGAUCCUCGUCGCCAUGCGCAGCCAGUACUACGUCGCCGGCGCCCCCGGCGUCAGCAUCAAGAAGCCCCUCAACGCCUUCCUCGGCGAGCUCUUCCUCGCCUCCUGGACCGACUCGGACCGCAAGGCCCGCACCGAGCUCGUCGCCGAGCAGGUCAGCCACCACCCGCCCAUCACCGCCAUGCACAUGGCCAGCCGCGAGCACGGCAUCCGCGCCGACGGCUACGCCCGCGUCGAGAUGACCUUCUCCAGCAGCGUCAACAUCCGCCAGGUCGGCCACGCCGUCCUGCACAUCGACCGCUAUGACGAGGACUACCUCAUCCCCCUGCCCGAGGUCAAGGUCCGCGGCUUCCUCAACGCCUGCCUGUACCCCGAGGUCCUCGGCACCUACUACGUCGUCUCCAACACGGGCUACGUCUCCGAGAUCAAGUUCUCCGGCAGCGGCGUCUUCCGCGGCAAGAAGAACUCCUUCGAGGCCCGCGUCUACCACAAGAACGACAAGAAGAACACCAUCUACGAGCUGCAGGGCUGCUGGAGCGAGGGCUGGACCGUCAAGGACGCCAGGACCGGCGAGGUGCUCGAGCACUACGAGGUCGACGCCCUCGACAACCUGCCCGCGCCCGUGGAGCUCGAGCCCGUGCCGGAGCAGGACCCGUGGGAGUCGCGCCGCGCCUGGAACGGCGUCAUCGAGGGGCUCGGCCGCGGCGACUUCCGCGCGACGGUCGACGCCAAGAGCAAGAUCGAGGAGGCCCAGCGCCGCAUGCGGGCCGAGGAGCGGAGCAAGGGCGAGACGUGGGAGCCGCUGUUCUUCAAGAGCAUCCCCGGCGAGGACCACGAAGUGUUUCACCGCUUGACGAAAGGCGUCGACUGGCAGCUGCACGACAAGCAUACCAAGGGCGUUUGGAAGAUCGACGACGCGAAGAGGGACUCAAUACAGAAGCCGUACAGGGGGGAGUUGACUCCGUUGGGGUAG